UAUAUAGUUUCAAUACAAGCAGUUGUGCGGAUAGUAUUAUCACGCCGGCAAGCAUUUAAGCAUAACCCUUUAUGGAUGUGGGAUGACCCUCGACUAACAACGACGGCAGUCAGGUUCACAGAGCUCCUCGCAACACAGCACGCGGGGCACGGCACGGCAGUAAGGUCGGCGCUGUGCCCUAGCUCUCGUGUUCGUUUUAUCAUGAUCUACGCGCUAUUGAUAGUGCUGGCUCAGACCCCAACGACCUCGGCUCCUCCAACUCCCGACAACGACAGCGAUCACCUGACAACAUAUCUUCACAAUGGACACACGUGUGUCAAGUGUAAGCCAGGGACAUUUCUUACUGACCACUGCACAAGUAACUUCAAGUCCUCGGAGUGCGCGUCUUGCCCGCCCGACCACUUCCAGACGCACUACACCCGGGCCAGGUGGUGUCAGCCCUGCCACGCCCACUGUCUCCACGACGACAAUAUGAUUGAAGUCAAGGGGUGCUCGGCUACUGAAGAUCUAGCCUGCAAGUGCAAGGAGGGAUACUAUGAAGAGAGAUUGGCGAAUGGACAUUCACUGAUUCGCACCUGUUUCCCCUACACGCCUUGUGUGCCGGGUCAAAUAGUAGUGAAGAAUGGUACAGACUUCGCCGACCAGGAGUGCGGCUUCUGUGGAUCCGGUCACUUUGCCAAGGGAGACAACUGUGUCACGUGUAGCUCGUGCAGUGGCAACACCACAGUUCUACGGCCAUGUGACGUCACGGCUGAUGUCGUGUGUUCGACAAUUCAACACGUAAACGAGACCGACGUUGAUCUACCUGACGAAGCUGGUGACACGACCAUUGUGAUACUGUCAAGCAUUGCGAUUGGUAUCUUCGUGUGUGGCGCUUCCGUCAUACUCAUUGUGGUCAUGAUCUUCAAACGAAAAUGUCGCGUACAGAAUGAUGACUCUAUUGUACAGACCGACAAAAGUAACGUCCCACUGCUAGUAGUAAAGACGCCGGCAGCGACUGCGACGUCCCAGUCCACCCCGCCAGUGACGGCUGAGGAGGCGAGGAAGGCGUUAGUGAAACGACAGCGAUCCAGGACCCUCAGUGAAAGCAGCGUCGUUAGUGCCAGCACACAGAUCUACUUCCCCUCUCUUCAAGACCCUGAUUCAUGGACUGGACACAUCUUCCCAAUUCUGUGUAAACAUCUAACAGGGAACUGGAAAAUGUUCAUGCGAAAUUUACCAGGUGACGAGGAGUACGCAUCAUGUAUCGACGCUCGCUGUGAUCAGAUCUGUGACGACAUCAGGAAUGACACACAGGAGCAGAUCUACAAGGCUCUCCGAGAGUGGAAACAAGCCCAUGAUUGGCCCAUCAUGUCUGUGGAGAGCAUUCUGUGCUCCUUGCAGACCAUUGGUGGAUGCGAGGUGAUGCAGAAGAACAUCUUUGACAAGGGACUCAAGCUGGACCAAAAAAACUCCGAAAAAAACCCGAAUAAUUGACAUUGGAUACCCAUUCAGUACUAUCUCGACGUGGUUAUACAGCGAGGGAAGCUGAGGAUUCAGCCCUCGUUUCGUAACCAAGAUAAAUAUUUUAAACGUUUCAUCUCCAUUUUCAAUCGUCUUUGGAUGUAACGAUACUUAAUGUUUAACUGGAGCUGGUACAUUGUUCUUCGUAUGCAAGUCGCCUACUGUUAAUAUUAUCGUGACAUCGUUUCACUGUCAUUAUUUCAAGUCUGAAUGGGGGGCACAGGUGGCCCAGUCGUCUAAGGCGCCGCGAUUUGCUGUGCAGAGUUGCGUCCCUUGAGCACGCCAGAAACCUAUGAUCGUGGGUUCGAAUCCCGGUUCGCUCUGAUUAUGUUUCUAGGUUUGUCAGCACCAUAGCGCGUGCUGGUGGGUUUCACCGAAGUGGUAAACGUCUGAGACCUGCAUCACUUCGGGCUUUCCUCCCACAUUAAGCUGACACGCCGCGAUAUAACUGGAAUAAUGUUAAAAGCGGCGUGAAACCCAACUCACUCACUCACUCAAGACUGAAUGUCAUGUGCAGGUUUGCCAACUUCGGAUGAUCUAACCUCAGGACAUCACGGAGACAAAUCACACUGGUUGCAAUUGUACCAUCCCUGUUACUUUAUCGGUUUCCAGUCUCAUCACAUUCGGUAGCAUCGUUGAUCUCCGUCUUCAUCAAAGAACAUUUAACUCUGUUAAAUUCAACUCGAAGUCUUAAGUGGAAUAAAUUCAAGUUCUUAUA